GGAAGUACAUUGUUUUUGCUGCUGACGAGACGCUGAUCUCUUUCUAGCGUUGAACAUGGCGCCUGAGGUAGACUAGCUGGAAACGUCAGCCAGCAUCAACAUGAGCAAAUAAAUGGUUACCAGUUUGACCUUUUAUCGUUUCGAAUUAAAUGGUUGAUUAGUUAGUAUGCAGGAAAGUGACGCGUGUAAUUAACUUUCUCAACCUACAGAUUAGGUGAAAUAAUGGAAACUCGAGGAAUAGAACAGAUGUUUGACUUCCAGCGGUUGCCAAACGAUGGACUGGUCCUUUUGCUGGUAUUACUUUACUCUCCAGUUGGCCUUUGUUUGAUGUUACUACGACUCUUCGUAGGUGCACAUGUGUUUUUGGUGAGCUGUGCACUCCCAGACAGUCUUGCUAGAAGAUUCAUUGUGAGAAUAAUGUUCUCAGUCCUUGGUAUGCACGUCAGACAGAACAGCCCACGUUCAAGAGACAAAAGCACAAAACUGUACAUCUGCAAUCACGUGACUCAGUUUGACCACAACAUUGUCAAUCUUCUGACUUCCUGCAAUACUCCUAUGCUGGAGGACUCUGCAGGCUUCGUGUGUUGGGCCCGAGGCUUCAUGGAGCUGGGUGCCAUUUCGGGCCAGGAUGAGAUGGAGGAGUCCCUCAGGAGAUAUUGCUCCUCUCCAAAAACUCUGCCCCUACUCCUAUUCCCCGAGGAGGACACCACCAAUGGGCGCGCUGGCCUGCUGAAGUUCAGCUCCUGGCCUUUCUCCAUGACUGAUUCCAUUCAGCCUGUGGCCUUACAAGUGAAGAGGCCAUUUGUAGCUCUGAGCACGCCAGACUCCUUUUGGCUGACAGAACUGUUGUGGACCUUUUUCGUCCCAUGUACAGUGUACCAUGUAAGAUGGCUCCCCCCUGUAUCUAGACAAGAUGAAGAGUCCCUUCAAGAGUUUGCCAACAAAGUCCAAGAGCUUCUAGCCACUGAGCUCAGCGUGGUCUCUACACAGAUUACCAAAGCAGACAAAGCGGAGCACAUCAAGAGGAAAAGGCACAUUGCACCGCGCACCACAACCUCAAAUGUGGGUGCCAGACCACGUCCAGUUCCCCUGGGCUUCAUGAUCCGCAGCUCUGGGGUGGAGGAGCUCAGGAUCAGCAGGAUGGCUCAGCAGGUGAAGGAGGUUCUGCCUGACAUCCCCCUUGGCAUCAUCACCAGAGACCUGGUGCAAACCAACUGUGUGGACACCACUAUCACUAAUCUGCUGGAGAGCACUGAGGUGUUCCCAGUGGAGGCCACAGGCGGUGCCACGUCUGCACCAGGCCCAGCCUGGCGAUCCCUCUCUUCUUCAGCUGCACCUGCUCCCACCAUUAAGCCUGCUGCCAAAUCUUUUGGGAAAUCACCGGUAGACAGACACAUGUCCCUACAAGAGAGGAAAGAGGCCUUGUAUGAGUUUGCAAGAAGACGCUACAUCGAAAAGCAUGAACUGGAGCAGGACGAAACCUCUGAACAAGAUCUGAUUGCUGGGAAACGUGUUAGGAAUGACAGUUGUUAAAAUCUAAAAAUUGUACAGACAAUAAGUGUACUGGAGUGUAUGCAGAGCAGAGUGGAGUUGUUGUUGACCCACACAUACAGGAAGAAGACCUGAAGAUUUCAAUGGAUUUAUUUGUAUUUUUUUAUUAUUAUUUUUUGCAUGGCAAUCAUGCAUGUCUUUUUAAUUGUUUGUCCUGGUAAAAAUAUUAUUUUGAUAACAAUUUCUAUUAAGACCCAGUGACGUGAAACAUCUCAUUAUUUUUAUAAUGGCAGAGGUGGUGGUAAAAAUGAAAUCUUUCUUGCUCUGCUUUCAGAGAAUACUCCUCAGGUCUUAGGUUCAUUAUGAUUUGUGAGUACGUGUUUCUGCAGUAUACAUUUUUAACGUCAAUAAAAUCAGUCAUUUAUAAAUGCAA